AUGUCCAAACCUUUGAACUGUGCGUCUGCUGAGAUUACUAGUAGCAGUAUGGAUAAGGGAAUUAGUAACAAAUCUUCACUGUCUGCCUGGCCAAGUCAUGUUGUUCCUCAGGGACAGUAUGUGACUCUUACUUGUGACACUCACAGUGAGUCUAAUAUAUUCAAGCUGUACAAAGAACAUGGAACUCCUAUUCCUCAGUUCCAUAACAAAAUAUUCCAGAAGAGCCUUCUCUUGGGACCUGUGACUCCAGCAUAUGCAGGAACCUACAGAUGCUAUAAUUAUCAAUACCAUGAUGAACUUUCAUCAUACAGUGACCCUCUGAAGAUCAUAAUUUCAGGAAUCUACAGGAAGCCUUUUCUUUUGGCCUUACCAACUCCCCUGGUAAAAUUAGGAAAGAAGGUGACACUGAAGUGCCAUUCAGAGAUUAUGUUUGACACUUUCACUUUGACUUCACAUAGAAUGGGAGUAAUCAAGGACUCUUUCCAGCUCUCUGCAGAAUCUCAUCUUGGGAUGUCCUAUGCCAACUUCCCAAUAGGUCCUGUGACACCUGACCAUGCUGGGACUUACACAUGCUAUGGUUCUUACCACCAAACACCAUAUGAGUGGUCUGAAUCCAGUGACUCUGUUGACAUAAAGAUCACAGGUUUAUACAAGAAACCUACUCUGUCAGCCAUGAUGGGCCCGGUGGUGAUGCCACGAGAGAACAUGACCUUGUCCUGCACCUCUGACCAUAAUUUUGACAUGUUCCAUCUGUCCAGGAAAGGGGUGCCUCAAGUACUUGGACUGCCUGCAGUUCAGAGUCACAAUGGAACAUUCCAGGCCAACUUCCUUCUUGAUCCUGUAAUACAGGAAGAGAACUAUAGAUGCUAUGGCUCUUUCAGGAACUCUUGCAAUGUGUGGUCAUCCCCAAGUGACCCAUUUUACCUUCCUGUCAUAGCAGAUAAUCACGGACUCCUGCAUAUUCUGAUUAGAGUGUCAUUUUUGAUGAUGGCUGUCUUCCUCAUGUUCAUCAUUCACUCUCGGUGCUCUGCCAAAAGGAAUAAGUAUCGGGAAGGAGUCAGAAGUCAUGACAAGCCUUCACUGUCUGCCUGGCCAAGCCCUGUAGUUCCUAAAGGACAGCAUGUGGAAAUUCAUUGUGACUCUAAUAAGUAUAACACAUUCAGGCUAUAUAAAGAACAUGGAGAACCUAUCCCUCAGAUCCAUGACAGAAUAUUCCAAAAGAGACUUCUCCUGGGUCCUGUGACACAAGUAUAUGCAGGAACCUACAGAUGCUAUGAUAAUAAUUGUCAAUGUCCUAGUGAACUCUCAUCACACAGUGACCCUCUGGAGAUCAUAAUUUCAGGAAUCUACAGGAAUCCUUUCCUAUUGGUCCUAUCAACUCCCCUGAUAAAAUCAGGAGAGAAGAUGACCCUAGAGUGUCGUUCAGAGAUUAUGUUUGACACUUUCAUUUUGACUUCACAAAUAAUCAAUGGCUCUUUCCAGCUUCCUGCAGAAUUUCAUCAUGGGGGGUCCCAUGCCAGCUUCUCAAUAGGUCCUGUGACACCUGACCAUGCUGGUGUUUACAUAUGCUAUGGUUCUUAUAACCAAACACCAUAUGAGUGGUCUGACUCCAGUGACCCUGUUGACAUAAGGAUCACAGGUGUGUACAAGAAACCUUCUCUGUCAGCCACGAGGGGUCCUGUGGUGAUGUCAGGAGAGGACAUAACCUUGUCCUGUACCUCUGACCAUCAGUUUGACAUGUUCCAUCUGUCCAGGGAAGGGGUGCCUCAAGGACAUGGGCUGUCUGCAGAGCAGAGCCACAGUGGGACAUUCCAGGCCAACUUCCUACUUUUUACUAUGAUCCAGUCUGGGACCUAUAGGUGCUAUGGCUCUUUCAGGAACUCUUCCCAUGUAUGGUCAUCCCCAAGUGACCCACUGUACAUUUCUGUCACAGGAAGUCAUGAUAAGCCUUCACUGUCUGCCUGGCCAAGUCAUGUUGUCCCUCAAGGACAGUAUGUGGAACUUCGAUGUGACUCUUAUAAUGAGUCUUACAUAGUCAUGUUAUGCAAAGGACAUGGGGAUCCUAACCAUCAGGUCCAUGAAAGAAUGUUCCAGAGUAGACUUGCCUUGGGUCCUGUGACAGCAGCAUAUGGAGGAACCUACAGAUGCUUCAGUUUUAAAUAUCAAUACCCAAAUGAACUUACAGCACACAGUAAUCCUCCGAAGAUCAUAAUUUCAGGAAUCUACAGGAAGCCUUUCCUCUUGAUCCUAGAAGCUCCUCAGGUAAAAUUAGGAGAGAAGGUGACACUGCAGUGCCAUUCAGAGAUUAUGUUUGACACUUUCACUUUCAUGUCACAUAGAAAGGGAAUAAUCAAGGACUCUUACCAGCUGUCUGCAGAAUCUCAUCUUGGGGGAUCCCAUGCCAAUUUCUCAAUAGGUCCUGUGACACCUGAACAUGGUGGGAAUUACACAUGCUAUGGUUCUUCCCAUCACACACCAUGUGAGUGGUCUGAAUCUAGUGACCCUGUUGACAUAAAGAUCACAGGUUUAUGCAAGAAACCUUCUCUGUCAGCCUUGAUGGGUCCUGUGGUGAUGACAGGAGAGAACAUGACCUUGUCCUUCAUCUCUGACCACCAGUUGGAAAUGUUCCAUUUGUCCAGGGAAGGGGUACCUCAGGGACAUGGGCUUCCUGCAGUGCAGAGCCACAAUGAGACAUUCAAGGCAGACUUCCUUCUUGAUCCUGUGAUCAAGAAAGGGACCUAUAGAUGCUAUGGCUCUUUCAGGAAUUCCUCCCAUGUGUGGUCAUCCCCAAGUGACCCCUUGUACAUUGCUAAAGGGAAUUGCACUUUGUCCAGUGAACCAGACUCUAAAACUAAUAAUCACAGGAUCAAACAUAUGUUGAUUGGGCUAUCAGUGAGCAUGACCUUUGUCUUCUCUAUCAUCAUCCUUAAUUCUUGUUGUUCUGCAAAAAGGAGUAAGUCUCAAAAACAAGCCAACAAGGGUCAUCUGAGUGGUAAAAAUUAUAGAGUCGUCGGAGAGGUGCAGCUCGCAGUUGUGGAGGAGAAGCGCAGCGCGCAGUCACGGCGGAGAGGUGCUGCAAUCAGGAAUAGGCUUUGGGGGACCGGAGUGGCGACAGACACAAGCGGCGUGGACCGGUGUGGAGGCAGACGCAAGCAGCAGUGA